AAUUCAUGGGGGUGGUGUAAAUUAAUGGGGCGAUGUUGGUGUUGGAAAUAACAAGCACGAGACUCCCUCUCAAGAAAAGCCAAACCCCACGCGAAGAAGAAGAGGGAAGCCAAAGGAAAAGAAAGAAAGAAGCAGAAUAUAAGGGUGUCUCUCUCUUGGACUGAUUCGUUUUCAAUCGCAUCUAUCUCUUCCUCCAAGCUCUCUCUACUUUCUCUCUCCAUCUCUAUAUUAACAAAGCAGAGCAAACAAGGGAAGGAAGGCAGGCAAGGAAAGUAGGUGAAAACAAAGUGCCAAAGUAAAUAGGAGAGAGGGAUCGAUAUAUAAGAAGAAGCCAUCAGGUAGCAAUAAUAAUAAGGGAAUGGUGCUGAUUCUGAAGAAGGUGCUGCUAAUUCUGAUGGUUGUGGUGGUGGUGCCCUCUCCAUUCACAUAAUUGAUCAUUUUCCUUUCUCUCUGAUUCCUUCUUCUCUUUCUUUCUCUCUCUGAAAAGUAUCUAUCAUCUCUCUGUUCUUAUUUUGUUCUUGUUAUUUUAUUUUCUCUUGCUCUGUAUCUUUCUCAUUGAAUAGUCCGCCUUUGCCUUGGUUUUGUGACUUGUUGAGGGGCAUCUUUCAUCAUGCUUGUUAUGUGCUAGCAGCGUUUAUUGUUCUUUCACCCUCCACAUUGCUCCCUUCUCUUCUUAAUAACUUCCUCUGCCUCUCUUCACCAAUUUCCAAUAUUUUAUUCACAACUCUCCCCUCUCUUCUAUAUCGUCAACAAUCUACAAUCUGCAAUGGCAGUUCAAGCUCAGUACCCUUCCAAUAUUCUAUUCCUAAACAGAAACGCACAAGAACCGCAUGAUUAUUCAUUACAAGCGCAACAAGGAUUGUACCUUGAUCAAUCCCACAUGCUAUUCAACAAUGGUGUAGGAGGGAAUAGUACUAAUCAGCGCAAGAGAGGAAGAGAAACUUCAGUUGGCACUGAUAUCACACCUUCAAUGAUUCCCUUCUCUUUGCAACAGUCCCAACCUCCUCAACUCAUCGACCUCUCUCAGCUCCACAAUCACAAUCACAAUCACAAUCACAACCACAACCACCAUCCCAAUGUCGUCUCCACCGGCCUCCGAUUAUCUUUUGGAGACCAACAACAACAUCAGCAACAAUUGCAACAGCAUCAUCACAAUCAACAACAACAACAACAACAGGAUUGUCACUCUUCUUCAUCUCUGUUCUCUGUUUUGGCAGAGGACUUUGCCUCCCAAAUCAAACAACAGAGGAACGAAUUAGACCAGUUCCUUCAAGCCCAGGCGGAACGACUACAGCGCACAUUAGCAGAGAAGCGGCAGACACACUACCGUGCGCUACUGGGCGCAGCUGAGGAGUCUAUUUCCCGUAAAUUGAGAGAGAAGGAUGCAGAGGUCCAAAAGGCCACGCGCAGGAACGCCGAGUUAGAGGCACGCGCCGCCCAGCUCAGCGUUGAGGCGCAGAUAUGGCAGGCCAAGGCGCGUGCGCAGGAGGCCACAGCCGCGUCCCUCCAGGUCCAAGUCCAACAGGCCAAGGCCAUGAUGAGCGCCGGGUUCCAAGUGGCGGGUGCGCAGGAUAGCAGGAGAGUCGACGAUGGGCUAACAUGCGCCGAAAACCAGGCGGAGGAUGCCGAGUCAGGGUACAUUGACCCGGAACGCGCCACCGGGUCGGGUCCUAGUUGUAAAGCGUGUCGGAAAGGAGUGGCGUCGGUGGUGCUGUUGCCGUGUCGGCACCUAUGCCUCUGUACAGAGUGUGACCAAAUGGUUCAGUCCUGCCCAUUGUGCCUCACCUUGAGAAAUUCGAGUGUGGAAGUCUUCCUUUGCUAGGGCCCAAGCCCAGAGCUAGGAGCCCAGGCCCAAUGGUAUUAUAAAAUUCAAACUGGACCAAAAAAAAAAUGAAAAAAGAAGAAAGGAAACCAAAUAAUAUUUGGGUACAAUAAAUUUUUAUUUUUAUUUUUCCAUGGUUUCUUUUUGGUUCCCCUCUCUUGAAGUGAAUUUACCAAGAGGUAAUGUAUAUGGCCACAUGGGUAAGUGGCAUUGGUUUUUUCUUUUUCUUUUGUGAAAUUCUAUUCACAUAUAAAUUCUUUUAUUUGACCUAAA